AUGGAUCCUUUUCGGUUUUCUUCAAUCAAAUACACUCAACACCGCACUGAAACCAAGCUCCUUUCACCGUUCUUCAUUGUGGGUCCUCAAAAUCACCGACGGAAUAAGCCUCGAGUUGUUCGGCACUGUUACAAGCUCCGUGUAAGAAACAGGGUCAAGAAAUUCGUCAACGAGAUUACCAUUGAAUCAACCAGUAAGUCGUCUUCUUCCUCGAGAAUGAAGGCUCGGAAAAGGGUGGCGGUUAAAGCGCCGGCGGAAAAGAAGUUCAGGGGAGUAAGGCAACGACCUUGGGGGAAAUGGGCGGCGGAAAUAAGGGACCCGUUAAGACGUAUUCGGUUAUGGUUAGGCACCUACAAUACAGCCGAAGAAGCAGCGAUGGUUUAUGACAAAGCGGCUAUUCAGCUGCGCGGGCACGACGCGCUCACCAACUUCAUCACUCCUCUUCCAAGCUCCGGCGAAGAAUCUCACAGCAGUUACCUUCGCUCUCCGACGUCCGUUCUCCGCUGCCCUUCGCUUUCGAACGACGAAGUCGACUCUCAGAGCGCGAAACAAACGCCUGGAACCGGAAGCCAAGGUCGAGACUUUGCCGAGGAUUCUUGCUGCAUGUCGGGUGAAACUGAAAACUUAUCGGAAUAUUCCGAGCUCCGGAGUGACAUUUUUAGUUCGGUGCCGGGUUUGUUCGACGAUAAGACGAGUUUAGACGAAUUCGGGUUUCCGGGAGAUUUCGGGUACCCAUAUUUGAGUUCAGGUGGGGAUUUCGAGUUUGUUCCCGAGCUGCCAACUGUCGAUGAUCAUUUCCAAGAUAUCGGGGAUCUAUUCUGGUCGGAUCGUCCGUUAGCCUUUUGUCCCUUUCUAUGUAAUGCCGCCUUCACGGUAAGUUUUGUAUCCGCGUGA